UCGAGCUCAGUCCUGUUUUUAGCGAACUUUUAAUUUGAAGAACUUUGUUUUGAGAAAGCAGUCCUCCUUGGAUGUGCCUUUUUUCCACACAAGAGGAGGAAUAAGCUCCUGCUUCUUUUACAAAUGGGAAUUAACGCGCGCGGGUGAAACUUUGGCUCACCUUUUCUUCCCAGGAGUGAAUGUCGGAGUUUUUCUGGAAACAUGCCGGAGCGACUAAGUAUUUCGGACUUUGUGGUGCUGACGAACGAGGAUUUAUCUUCUCCUGGGACUUCCAGCUUUCAGUCCAAAAUGAGCGACUGUCGGAACACGGUGUCAGUCGUGGAAGAGUGUUUGGAGAUGGACAACACAAAUCUGCAGAGGAUGAAGAAGUUAAUUAAAUCUAUACACGCUUCUGGACUCUCACAUGUGGAAAACAAGGAGCAGUAUAUUGAGUUGCUGGAGAACUUGGGGAAUAGCCACCUGACCCAGGACAACAAUGAAAUCUCCACAGGCUUCCUCAACUUGGCUGUGUUUACCAGAGAGGUCACAGCACUCUUCAAAAAUCUGGUGCAAAACCUCAACAACAUCAUGGCCUUUCCUCUGGAGAACGUGCUGAAGUCAGAACUCCGGGACAGUAGAUUAGAACUCAAGAAACAUAUGGAGAAGAGGUGGAAGGAUUACGACACGAAAUUAGGGAAGCUGGAAAAGGAGAGGAAGGAGAAGACAAAGCAGCUGGGGUUGAUCAAGUCAGAGGGAUCGGACGGAGUGGAGGACAUGGAGAGAGAGAGACGGAUCUUCCAGCUGCAAAUGUGUGAGUAUCUUUUGAAGAUCCAGGAGCUGAAAGUGCGUCAGGGUCCCGACCUUCUCCAAAGCCUCAUCAAGUUCUUCCAGGCCCAGCUCAGUUUCUUUCAGGAUGGGCUGAAAGCUGCAGAGAAUCUCUCUCCCUUCAUUGAGAAACUUGCUUCCUCUAUUCACACGAUGCGUUUGGAGCAGGACGAGGAGGUCAAACAACUCACUCAGCUGAGGGAUUCUCUUCAAUUACUUCUGCAAGUGGACGGCAAAGAAGAAUAUCUGAACAGGAAGAACUCUGGCAAUGGGUACAGCAUCCACCAACCACAGGGAAACAAGAAGUAUGGCACUGAGAAGUCUGGCUUCCUGCUGAAGAAAAGUGAUGGGAUCAGAAAGGUUUGGCAGAAGAGGAAGUGCGGAGUCAAAUUUGGGUGCCUGACUAUUUCACACAGUACGAUCAAUCGACCACCAGCGAAGCUGAACCUACUCACCUGUCAGGUCCGGCCCAACCCAGAGGACAAGAGGACUUUUGACUUGGUCACUAGUACCCGCACAUAUCAUUUCCAGGCAGAAGAUGAGCAGGAAUGCAUGAUUUGGGUGUCAGUGUUGCAGAAUAGUAAACAGGAGGCCCUGAACACAGCACUGGGAGGAGAUCAGCUUCACCUCCAGGACAGCGGGCUCCAGGAACUCUCCCAGUCCAUUAUUGCAGAGCUUAGACACAUGCCGGGCAACGAGGUGUGCGCAGACUGCGGCGCUCCGGAUCCGACGUGGCUGUCCACCAAUCUGGGUAUCCUUACUUGUAUCGAAUGCUCUGGUAUCCACAGAGACCUGGGAGUGCAUUACUCCAGGAUUCAGUCCCUCACACUCGACCUGCUGAGCACCUCUGAACUACUGCUAGCUGUCAGCAUUGGCAACACCAGAUUCAAUGACAUCAUGGAGGCCGGCCUCCCCAAUGACUCAGUCAAACCUUUACCACAAAGCGACAUGAAUGCGAGAAAGGAGUACAUUGUAGCCAAGUACGCUGAACGUCGGUACAUCCUGCGCAGAGAAGAGUCAGAUCCUUGCCGGCUGUACGACGCCGUGAGGAGCCGGGACCUCGUUUCUCUUCUGCAGCUCUACGCCGAGGGAGCUGACCUGGCCAAGCCGCUCGUGCUCCCUGAAGGACAGGGGAUCAAAGAGACCGCUCUCCAUCUCGCCGUUCGCCUGGAGGAGAAAAGCUCUCUGUCGAUGGUGGAUUUUCUUUGUCAGAACAGCAGCUGCCUGGAGAAGACGACGGCAGAAGGGAACACGGCUCUUCACCACAGUGCCCUUUAUCACAAGCCUGAAUGCCUCAAGUUGCUGCUCAAAGCAAAAGCAGCCAUUCAUACAGUGAAUUCAAGUGGAGAGACGGCUCUAGAUAUCGCUAAGAGGCUGCAGCACACACAAUGCAUUGAUCUGGUGAGACCUCUUUUCCUUUUGACUUUGAGGACUUUUAUUCAAAUGUUCAUUGUCUGAAGUGAGCUCACAUGAUGAAUCGAGUUACAGCACACAAAAUCUACCAG